AUCCGUUCCGCGGAGUCGCCAGCUGAUCGCCGACGAGAAAGCAGCUGUUUAGUGUUGUCGUUUCCCUAUCCUGUAAAACGGCCAGUGUUUAUUUUAUCCAUUUUUUUCGGAUUAUUGGAUAGUUGGACGAAUUAGUCGUGGACAUAUUAAAAAAGGGCUGAUGAGUACGUGAUAUUCGGAAAAACAGGGGCCGUGCCACGGACGGGAUGGAACUGGGCCUCAGAGUCGUCCGGGGUCCUGACUGGCUCUGGUCGGAGCAGGACGGCGGCGAGGGCGCGGUCGGGACGGUCGUCCACGUCGGCAGUGAGACGUGCACCGAGUCACCGGACGGGACUGUCGUCGUCUACUGGGAUACAGGCUUCCGUUCCAACUACAGGGUCGGGUACAACAACGCCUAUGACCUCAGGAUCUAUGACAACGCCACGAUAGGUGUCCAGCACGUUGACAUCAUCUGUAACGAAUGCAAGAAACAGGGCAUUGCUGGUCUACGGUUCAAGUGCACCGUAUGCAACAACUAUGACCUAUGCCAACUCUGCUACAUGGCCGACCGACACGACCUGGAACACCGCUUUCAACGCUUUGACGAUCAAUACUCACCCGGGGUGGAUUUGCCGCCGAGGAAAGGCUGUGUUAAAAUGGUGUUGAAAGGGACUUUCGUCGGUGCAAAGGUGAUGAGGGGAAAAGACUGGGAGUGGGGAGAACAGGACGGGAUCCCGGGUAAGUUUGGCCGAGUGCUCGAGGUGAGUGGUUGGAACAACGAGACGUGGCGUUCCGUCGUAAAAGUCAUAUGGUGGACGGGUUUUACCAACAUCUAUAGACUCGGGUACAAAGGCAAGGUCGAUCUCGUAUGUGUAGAGCCAGCAUCCCCCGGAACGUACUACCCAGCACACUUGCCUGUCCUUGGUGGCCCCCCGUCCGCUUACGGUUCACUCCCGACCCUGACCGACUUUGCCUAUUAUGAAAGGGUCAAGAUAGUCGUUGAUAGCAACACACUCAAACUUAUGCAGAAGGGCCACAAUGGCUGGAAUGUCCAAAUGGCCGACACAAUCGGCCUGGUCGGGAGGGUGCACAGGGUGACUGAAAAGGGUGACGUUCGUGUCUGGUAUCCGCAGCUGCAAGUGAAAUGGACACUCAAUCCAAGAGCCCUUAUCAAAGUCAACGAACACUUCGACAAAGGCGACAAUGUCAUCAUUCUUAAAGACAAGGCUGUCGUGUCAAAACUCCAGCGUAAUGGGCAUGGCGACUGGAUCGAAAAAAUGGACUCAAUACUAGGCAAAACAGGAAAAGUGGUGAAGGUGUACGAGGACGGCGAUCUUAGGGUCACGGUGGAUGGGCAGACUUGGACACUCAACCCGCUCUGUGUUGAAUCGACAGGCGAGCGUGUCGCCAGCACCUCAGAAGGAUCUGACUUGGCAGAAGAAUUGGAAAACCUGGACCUUGCGACUUCAAUGAGAAUGCACCGCAUAAUAUACGACGCCGGGCAAGGCCUUCUUGGCAAUGUCGAAGAAUAUUUCACUCAGAAUCCAGAUAAGAUCAAUUUCAAAUCGGACAACAGGACGUGUUUGCAAGUUGCGGCUCAUCAGGGUCAGAUGGCCGUGGUCAAAAAGCUCCUCGAAAUGGGUGCAGAUCUGAACAUAAAGGACGACGUUGGCGACACUGCACUACAUUAUGCUGCAUUUGGGAGUCAUAGCGGGAUCAUGGACGUACUGCUUGGAGCGGGCGCGGACAUAAACGCCGUCAACCAUAGCAUGUGCACCGCUCUGCACAUAUGCAUCUCGAAAAAGCUCAUUUCGUGCAUCAAAGUCCUCCUGAAGUACAAGCCCGAUGUCAACAUACAGGAUAAAUUGGGUGACACGCCUUUGCACGAUGCGAUCGCCAAUGAGUGCUCUGAGGCGAUCGAACUGCUCACUGAGUACCCGGGUGUCAACUUUGAUCUCAGAAAUCACAGGGGGUUCAACAUUUUGCACCAGGCUGCGAUUAAAGGCAACAGUUUCGCCGUGGAAUGCAUCCUGCUAGUCGCUCGUGAUCUGGUCGACUUGAAGAAGGACGACAGUUUCACAGCACUCCACCUCGCAGCGCUCAACGGUUACAAGAAUGUUACUGAAGUGCUUGUAAUGAGUGGUAAAGCGGAGGUCGACCUCGUGAACAACAAACAUCAGACACCUCUCAUGCUGUCUGUCUCUCAGGGGCAUUGUGGGACCACAGAGCUUCUUAUACACUGCGGCGCAUCGCUAUCGGCUGUCGACGAAGAUGGCGACUCAGCGCUUCACAUGGUGCUGAUCAAGUCAGCUUAUAUAACAACACAGGUGAAAAAGGACAAAGUGCCGCGAAUCGACCAGUCCACCUGUCCAGAUAUAUUUAGGAUUUAUAGUGGUUUAGAGUAUGGAGAAGAGAAUAAGGAUCGGUUGAUUGCGCUUUCAAUUGCAUGCUACCUCGUCGAGGAAGGGUCUAGUCUGUCCGUAACGAACAACAAAGGGAAAACACCGAUUGACCUCGUCAGCAGGCCCGGUGACGCGGAUAUACUUAAAACGUUCCUUAUCACCGAUGCCGAGAGGUCGAGAAGAAGGGAGGCGAAAGGACCAGUCGAGUGCCUUGUCUGCUCCGAGCUCUGUACCUCUAGGGUUCUUCUCGAGCCGUGCGGUCACAAGGUGGCAUGCGAAGACUGCACGACCCGUCUCAAGAAGUGUUUCAAGUGUCACAUUUUCAUAACGAAACGCAUUGCGCAGGAUGGAAGGGUUGUUGAGUACAAGGCGAAACAGCCAUCUGUCGAGUGCCUGCGCUACCUCGAGACAAAGAUCGCCGAGAUUGAGGAGGUCCACUGCUGCACAAUAUGCAUGGAACGGAGGAAGAAUGUUGUCUUUCUCUGCGGCCACUCGGCUUGUGACAAGUGCAGUGCUGAGCUCAUCACAUGCCACAUGUGCCGUAGAGCCAUCGUAAAGAAAAUCAACGUAUACUGAAACUUUUUCUACGUUUCUCUCACAAAAUCGUCUUCCGAACGCAUCCAAAUGUUAUUUACCAAAUCGUACGAUGUGACAGCAUCAGAACCAAAGGAUGCUUUGAUUUUUUUUAUUAGCAAGGUAAGGUUUACAGUUUUUUUAAUCCGUCUAGUGCAAAACGACUGUUCUAGUCAUCAUAAGUGCUGUGUAAUCAGCCUAUUUUAUACAUAAAAAUAUUAUUUAAAAAAUCAGCAUUAUCAAUUAACUAAGUAUAUGAAUAUUUAUUAGGACUGGUUUAGAUUGUAUCACUUGUAUUUUUAUUUGGGCUUUGAAAUUAUCUAAUUUUUUUAAAUUGUGUUUAUAAAAUUUAAAAAUUUUCAAUAAAGCACUGGGAAGAAAGGGAAAAAAUUAUGAAAUAGUCAGAAUUGUCAGAUUUGUGAACUUAAACCAAUAAAAGAUGUUAUUUUUC